AUAAAUAAAUGCAGUGGCGCGAGACGCCAUAAGAAAGAACAAAAAUCUUAGCCGAUGAGAACCGACGAAAUUGACUUGCACGCUCCACUUUGGCGGGUGGGACUAAAUCUGCCAGUGUUUCUUUUUGUCAUCCUUUCCCUCCCACUUCGGAGACUGGUGCCAGAUUCUCAGCUCUUUGAUGGAUUGGCUGUACCACCGAUAGAGACUGGAGAGAGAAAAUUCCUUCCUGGCCAGCGACAGAGUCAAGCGAGAGCUCAUGACCUUUCACUUUCCCCGUCACCUCUGAGAGACCUCGCCUAUUUAAUAAAACUCAAAAAGCCUGCGCCCCUAAGCCUCUUAUUCUGGAACCUGGGACCUCUAGGAAGUUGCACUUUCAUCCAUCAAUUUCUUGUUCCAAGAGUUUCAAGGCAGAAACAUAGUAUUCAAAAACAGAAAGGCACUCAAAGUCGUAAGACAAUUAUUUUCUCUGGAUGUAAGAGUAAAAGCUGAGAAAUCGAAGGAUUUUGCUGUCUCCUGUGUGAGUGUUGCUAUGAUUGUGUUCUAUGAAGAGCAUGUUUAAUGGGUCUCCUCCCUUUAUGAUCUGUGGGAUGUCGGAGAGCAUUUAUCAUAAGUGGUUUUUUAACCAUAACCAUUUGAAGAUUUCUUGGAUUCAUAAACGAAUCCUGCAAAAAGAUGGUUACUCGAGCUACCCAGCUCCUGUUUUGCCUUCAUCUUCGCCCCCAUAUCCCGGUGCUUUCCACAAAGAAACAGGAUCUUCUUCCUCGUCUGGUACUAGAAUUAGUCCUGCUGUUCUUUUCAUUAUAGUGAUUCUAGCCGUGCUCUUUUUCAUUUCUGGUCUUCUACACCUGCUCGUUAGAUUUCUCGUAAAGCACCCAUCUUCCUCAGCAUCUGAAUCUAGUAGACACCAAGAAAUCUCAACCUCCGAUGCUCUUCAAAGACAACUCCAACAGCUCUUCAAUCUUCAUGACUCUGGUCUGGAUCAAGCAUUCAUUGACGCACUUCCUGUUUUCCAGUAUAAAGAGAUAGUUGGUCUGAAAGAACCAUUUGACUGUGCCGUGUGCCUGUGUGAGUUUUCUGAGAAGGACAAGCUCAGAUUGCUUCCCAUGUGCAGCCAUGCCUUUCAUAUCAAUUGUAUAGACACAUGGCUUCUGUCCAAUUCCACAUGUCCACUUUGUAGAGGAACACUUUUAACUCCUGGUUUUUCAAUUGAAAACCCAAUAUAUGAUUUUGAUGAUUUAAGGGAACAGGAUGGAUGUAACGGGGAAAAUGGGUUCACAACGUUUAGACAGAAGACUGUUGAAAUUGAAGAAACUGUAGAGAAAGGGGUGUUCCCAGUAAAACUUGGUAAAUUCAGAAGGCUGAAUAUGCAGGAGGCAGGGGAGACUGGAGGAGGAGAGACGAGUAGCAGUAAUUUAGAUGCAAGAAGAUGCUACUCAAUGGGAUCUUACCAGUAUGUUCUUGGCAAUUCGGACCUCCGAAUUGCCUUAAACGAGGAGCGACAAGGCCGCGAGGCAAGGCUCACAAAAGGACCAGAACAAUCUGAGAAGCUUUCCAUGGAGGAGGCAAAGAAGAUUAGAAGUGUGAGCAAAGGUGAGAGCUAUUCUGUUUCCAAGGUCUGGCAGUGGUCCAAGAAGAGCAGGUUCUCUUCUUCAUCCGAAGAAGAUCAAGUGGGCAUGCCAUCUUCUCUUAAUGCAGACCUGCCAUGGAUGAGGAAUACAGAAGGGACAUGAAAGAUCUUCCCGGAGAAGAUAGUAGAGUUUGAUAUGUAAUAGCAAAUGUAAGUCUGAUCUUGUUGGUUGCCUUUGUUGCUGCAAACAACAAACACUGGUGUGGAAAAGAAAAGACGUGUCUUUCCAGUCCCAGAGCAUGCAUUCUCUGAGCUUCUUCUUCUUCCUCUUCUAGAUCACCUUAAUUAGUCCGAUGCUGUUACUCAUCAAAUAAUUACAACAGGCAGGUUUACGAUAGUUGAUUAAAUUUCAAAGCAAGCGUUGUGAUUCUGCGGAUCUCGAGGAUAUCUUGUUCUCCAUGGCUUAUGGCGGGAGGCAAGCGCGUUUGCUUUAAUUUGUUGGCUUUUGAGGUGCUCGGUUUCUUUGAAUGCUUUUGCUUUGUUUAAGCCUCUUUUGGGAGAAUGUGAACGCAACUUUUUUUUAA